AUGACUAAGGGUACUCAGGCCUUCGGUAAGAAACACGUCAAGUCGCACACACUGUGCAAGCGAUGUGGGCGCUCGAGCUUCCACAUACAGAAGAAGCGGUGUGCAUCAUGUGGGUAUCCAGAUGCUAAGAAGCGGAAGUACAACUGGGGAGCGAAAUCGAUCCGUAGGAGGACCACUGGCACCGGCCGCAUGCGCCAUCUCCGCAAAGUGCAUCGACGUUUUAGGUCAGACGUUCUGAUUUUAUUCCUUUCUAUUAUUCCUUGUCAUUCCAUGUUACUAGGCUUAUUCUGUCCUAACUUUCGUGGCUAA